CAGCGGCGCCGGUGCCCCGGGAUCCGCGGGUGCCUGCGCCCAGCCUUACCCAGGGUGAAGAAGGGCAGCUCGGUGUUGUCCAGGUCGUCCUGCACCGCGAUGCGCCCCGGCAGCUCGUUACGCACAAAGAGCAGGAGGCGCGUCUCGGCGGCGGUGCCCGCGGAGCCCGCGGAGCCCGGGGACGCGGCGGCGGCGGCGGCGGCUCCCGCCCCGGUCCCAGUCCCGGCCCCGGCGCGGGCGCCGCUCCAGCCGAUGUCGCUCUCCCGCAGCGCGGGCAGCGUGGACACCGUGACGGUCUUGAGCCGGCACGGGCUGUCGGGCUCCUGCGAGGCGGCGGCGGUGGCGCCGGCCAGCAGCGGCCGCGGCGACAGCAGGCACAGGAACAGCAGCAGCGGCGGCGGCGCCGGGUGGAAGCCGCGCCUCAGCCGCUCCCGGAGCCUCGAGCUGGGGCCGGGGCCGGGGCCUCGCCGGGCGCCCGCGGCGGCCAUGGCAGAAGGGGCUGUGGGGCUGCGAGCGGCGGCGGCGGCGGCGACGGAGGAGGAAGAGCAGGCGGCGGCGGCGGCGGACGCCGAGGCGAACCGGGGCGCCCGAGCGAAGAGCCGCGGGAGCCGCUCUCCGGCAGCCACCGGCUCCGGGCUCCGCCUCCUGAUCGGCCUGGACCGCCCCCCCGCGCCGCCUCCCGGGGCCCGGCCGCCCGCUCCCUUCUCUGGCUCCCCCCGCAGACCCCGAGCGUCUCGGAGGCUCCGCCCGGCCUCGUGCAAAUCCCCGUCGCCCCCUUUCCUUUCCCAGGAUCCCGCAAUGCCGCCCUCCCAAUGUUCUUUAGCCACACUACCCCUCCCCAAAUUCCUAACACUUAGGGACCCCUCGCGACGACCCAGCCCCCCAGGUUCAACCCGGCUCGCCCAGCUUCACCCCACCCCUGGCUCAACCCACUGGCUGCACCUGGGGGCGCGCCUUAGCCCAGCCUUACUCCAGGCUCCGCCUUCUCGGGGGUAGGGGACGUCUCUGGAUGGUCAAGACUUAACUUUAUCAGCUCAGAAGCCCCAUGACAAGUGCGGUACCCUUUUCUAGUCCCUGAAAUAAUUCCUUGUGGCCUCACAGCCCCCUGCCCACUCACUUGCCCACAACUCACUCAUUUAUUCUCUCACCUCCAAGACCCCAUCCUGCACCCAGGCCUCUGCGAUUGCACUUAAUGCUAAUGGAAGAAGGGUUCUGAGCCUCACUUUCUAGCCACCCUCCCCCCAAAAAACUGACUCAGGCCAGGAUGCUCCGGUCCCCUAGCUGCCGUCUGCAUGCCAGCCCACUCACGCAUUUUUUUUCCCCUUUGGAUCCCAACUCCUUGCUUGGAGCAGAUCUGCUUGGCUGCUCCUGCUCUUUGUGUGAAAUUCCUGAAAAGGGUGCAAGGACUCACUGGCUCUUCUGGCUGCCUCCUCUAGUUUCUGCCUGCACAUCAAACUAACAACAAUGACUAACAACUUCCACCUACACUGAAUGUUUCUACAUUCGUCAACAGAACAUUGGACUUCUACCACCUUGGGAGCCAGUAGGACCGGAAUUUUUAGCUUUAUUUGUGAGUGACAAGAAUAAAACUCAAUGUUGUGAUUUACCCAAAACUGGUAAGAUAACAAGUUGUUAGAAUUGGGUGCUGAAUCAAGUCCUACAACUCCUUAUCCAGCAUUCUGUUCCUGUUAGAGUGAGAAGCAUAGAUGGAGGAUAAACUGAUGGGUUCUGAUCCCUGAUUGUCUACUUUCAAAUCCUGACUCUGAUACUUGCUAUGUGACCUUGGGAAAGUUACUUAAACUCUCUGAACUUCGGUUUCUUCAUCUACAAACAAAAAAUACCUACCUCAUGGAGUUAGAUGUGGAUUAAAUAGGCAAAAAGAUUAAAACCGUGAAGCAUGGUAUCAAUCCUGUGUUUAUAAUCAAUAAUUAUACAAUCAAUAAAUGUUAGCAAUUACAGCAUCCUAGACCUUCUUGGUCAAAAACAACAAUGGUGAAAUAAAAGUUGCUGUGUGUUUAGUAUAAGGUAUAUUGGUUUAGAGUAUUAACACUACCAUCAUGUCAUGGAUAAAAUAUUUAAUGAGUGACUUGAUUCUUCAUCUCUAAAAUGGGCACAAUUUUACCUAUCUCACAAGGUUGUUGUGAGAGUCAAUUUUACAAAUAGUAAGAGAAAUCACCCAGCACCAAGAACUAUGUACUCAUGAAAUGUUAAUCUCUCUCAUCUCUUUGAUAUAAUAUCAUUCCCUCCAGGAAGACUUCUCUGAUGCCCCAGGCUGGGUUAGGCACCAUCCUUUUUUUGUCCUUGGCACCUUGCACCUGCUUGGAACACUGAUGACACUGCAUUAAAAGCAUCUGCUCCUCUGUCUUUACCUUUAGAAUGGAGUUGCUUGACGUUCCAGGUACUGUUCUAAGCACUUUGCAAAUGGUAAUGCAUUUAAUCUUCACACGAACUCUAAGAAGGAGAUGUAUUACCAUUCUCUUUGUGCCAAUUAAGAAACUGAGGCCAGGGAGGUCAAAUCACAUGGUCCAGGUGGCACUGCUGACAAAGAAGGGGCUCUCACCUGUCCCUUCUUUUCGUUUGGGGCUCAGGGCUGAUGUCCUCCCUGGAAACAGGACUUCCAUGACUCCCUCCUCGAAAGGGCUCACCCAUUCACUGUAAUUUUCAUGGUGACAUUAUUUCCAAGGUGACGGGAUGGGAAAGCAGGAAGAAACUGCACAGAGGAGAGAUAUACUGCAGUCAUGGCGUUAAGCCUGAGGUUUGAGAUACCCACGAAGAUUCACUGGGAAAAAAUAAUACUUGGAAAAAGUGUAAUGUCUAGUAUUUAUCACCUUGGUCUACUGGCAGUUCAUUCUCUCUGACAUCAAUGGAAAUUCCUAGGAGCUAAUAUACUAACUUGUACCUUGCCAAUGCACUGUGCACUUUGUUGCUGUUAUUAACUUUAAUUCUCACCUGUUAUUCUCCAAUUUUGUUGCCCUGGGUCUUCUGUAACCCAUUAGCAGAGUAUUUUAGUUCCCAAUCUUUCUGAUCCACUCUUUCACUAUUUUUUCUUCCUAUAACUUAUUUUUUCAUCAAAAUAAAUGUCUUUGCUAUUCCCUGAACACACUCCAAACUCCGUUAGCCCGUCCAGAUUACUUUUUCCCUAAAUAGUGCUCUAUAUGCACAUACAGCUGCCAUCA